AUGUCUGUGCCAUCCAGCAGUCACUCAGCCUUAUCGCAAGGAACCCACGGUGCUGAAGCAAUUGCUGGGUCAAAAAUACCAUCUCCAUACACAGAGCCAAGAUCUAAAAGUCUCUCUUCCAAACCUGGAAGAGAAACCCAGCUUGUCUUCUACAUCCUCAUACAUUUUUUUUUUUCAGAAAGCCCAGAAGAAGAUGAAAACCCAAUGAAAAAUCCGUUUACAAUUCCUCCAGAUAUUGAUGUUUUCUCAAUAAGGGACAAAGAAAGAAAAAAGGCUAAGGCGGAACGUGAAAGGAUGAAGAACUUGAAAAUCCAUGAGAAAAUGACUUACUCCACUAAAGUAAAAGCAAAGCAAAAAGGGUUCAGGAGAGCUCUGCAAAAGGAGGAAGAAGAAGAGGCCAGAAAACAGGCAACAAGUGAAGACAGUCUGAAAAUGCUUCAGGAGAGCCUUUCAUUGAAGAUAGCCAUUAAAAAUGAUUAUCCAUUAGAAAAGGAGACCUUCCGUGACUACGUAAAUUACAGAAGAGAGAUAUUUUCACUUGAGUAUGCCAUGGCAGUAAAGCGAGAUGAGAUUCAAAGGAUGGAGAACGUAGCAAAGAACGAGGAAAGAAAACUGGAAGAGGCUGAGCAAUGCCUGGAGAAGGAUGCGGCCGCGUUUGAAGAGUUCCUCAAGGAAAACCAGAAAAACUCUCUUCAAGCCCUGAAAAUUGCCAGAAAAGAAACUGCAGCAAAGACAAAGAAAAUAAGAGAGAUCCAGGAAAUCACUUCCCAAAUAGAGGAUCUCCGAAGUGACAUAUCCAGAUACAAGAAUACUCUGCAGGAGUACAAGAUGUACAGGGACUUCCUCUACGAACUAUCUCCAAAAGAGUGGCAGGAGGAACAUUCAAAAAAAAAAAAGGAAAAGGAUUUGAAAACAGCAUCCAAAGCUAAUGAAGAAGGUGCCUUGCCUCCCAGCACCACAAGGCAGGGUGAGACGAACGCUGCCAGCCCUUAUAGUACCAGUUACAUACACGUGCCAUGUUCCCUGCUGCCUUCCAAAACUCUGGAUUUCAGGUCGUUACAUGAGAUCAGGCCACAGCUCAAAAAACUAUUGAAGCCUCUAUCAAGAAAACUAAGUUCAUUGGAGGAUGCAGAAAGUGAAACCUGCUCAGAUGAAGAUGAGAAGCCUGAGUUAUACUUUACUGAUCCCCAACAACUGCUGUCUAUUUUCAUGGAGAUGGAGGAAGAGAUCUUGUUCUUCAUCCAGAAUUUCCAAGAGACUGAGAAAAGUGUGGACAAGGUCAUCAACACACAUGAAAUCAUGGAUAAGAAGUUAGCAGAGUUAAAACAGCAGGUAGCCACCCUCGAAUCCUCCAUCGCCAAGGAAGAAGAGAGAGCAGCAGACCUGAAGGUCAAAGUCGACCCCUUUUUAUCUGGAGGAUAUGAAGCUGAUGACCAGGACAAAAUGCUCACAAGCCUGAACAAGAAGGUGCUAGAAGUCUAUCGCCACUGCACUGGAGAAGAGGAGACAAAUCUGCAGACAGUGCAGAUGCUAAUGGUGAUAGAAAAACAGCUCAGUGAUUUACUGGACAAUCUGGAGAGAAUCCCACCAGCAAAGCUAGAACACCUUGUGAAAGCCAAAAAAAAGGAACAGAGAUUAAGGCUCAGAGAGGAAAAGCUGAGACAGCAGAGGCAGCAGGAGGAGGAAAGACUGAAAAAGGCCCUGGAAAGAUGGCAGACAGCUGCAAAACCAAGUGGCAGGAGGCUGAUGUUCCGUUCCAACCUCCCCGCCAGGAAGGAAAAGAAGAGGUACAGCCAAGAUCAAAUGGAUAAGGAGAAGGAAGAACAACUCUAUUAUUUUACUUGA